GCGAACUGAACACUCCAAGGCGAAGCGCACUCGACAUUCGACGGAGAACACGGAUUGCUGAUGACCAUCAAAGGUUCCGGAAAGCCUCAUUUGUAUCUCGCACAGGAGCACACAUAAUAACAUACAUAUAAUAACUGCAGCCAACCUUCUUGACCUCACCAGUCGCCUUCCCCUUGCAAAGCACUGUUGACAACCAGUGUUUGCAUACCAGCCUGCAUCAUGGCGGAGGAGGACUACGAGAUCGAUUACUAUGGCGAGGCUGGUAAUGACCAACAGCAACACAGCUCAGGGGGCGAUCAGCAACACCAUGCAAACGGCGAGCACGCCGAUGCGCAUCACGAACAAGCACACGAAGACCACGACCGCGACCACGAGCAUUCGAAGAAUCAGCAGACCUAUGAUCAAGGCAAUGAUGAACAAGGGUCUAUUGAUCCCAACGCCACGACCGCGCUGAUGAUUUCCGAGCUCAAUUGGUGGACGACAGAUGACGAUAUCCGCGGUUGGUUGCGACAGGGUGGAUGCGAAGCAGGCAUCAAAGACAUGUCCUUCAGCGAGCACAAAGUGAACGGCAAAAGCAAAGGGCAAAUAUACCUUGAAUUCAACUCCGCUCACGACGCGACAUCGGCGAAACACCUGAUCGACAAGAUGCCCGCGGACGGUGGCCAUCUCGGCCAGAAGAAGAUCUCGGCACAGUACUGGAACCCGAACAUGAAUCCGUUCCGAACCCUGCCCAAGGAUGCCCCCGCCCGGGGUAAGGACCAGCAGAGGUCAGCCCAGCCAGGCUCGUACAACGAACGGGGGAACUACAACUCUGGUGGAGGCUUCCGUGGGCGCGGGGGCUAUGGCGGAGGCCGCGGCAACAUGGGACAGAACAACUACAAUCGCAAUUUUGGCGGAGGCGGCGGUUACAAUAACAACAUGGGCGGCGGCGGCGGAUUCGGCAUGGGCGGCGGUGGUGGUGGUAGUAACUUUGCGUUCAACGCUGGCCGCGGCAACAUGAUGGGCGGCGGUAUGCGAGGAGGCGGCAUGAGAGGUGGCCGUGGAGGAAACAUGAUGGGCAUGAACCCCAUGGGCGGUAUGAACAUGGGAAUGCCCGGCGCAAUGGGCAUGGGGAUGAUGGGUGCUAACGGUAUGCCUGGAUUUCAAGGCAUGCCCGGCAACUUCAACAACUUUGGUGGCUUUGGCCAGAACCAGGGUGGUGGCGGUGGUGAUUGGGGCAACCCUCACGGCGCCAAACGCCCACGCCCGGAAUAAGCAGAUCUUUUGCACAGCUACACUGAAAGGUUGAAAUGAUGAUGAUCUGGAGUUCCGGUUCACACGUCAAGCGUGGGUCGGAGCUCUUGGCAUAUUUGACAUGACUUGUCAUC